GCGGACCCUACGUGACACACACCACCAGAAAUGGCUACGAUGACUGCGACAACACCAACAGAGACAGAGGGCCUCCCGCCUAGCCGGUAUCUCUGCCUGACCAUCCUGGGCUAUCGCAAGCCCGGCAUGAGCGAGGAGGCCUACCGGCGACAUAUGAUCCAGGUCUCGGCGCCCUUGACAAAAGACCUCAUGGUCAAAUACGGAGUCAAACGGUGGACGGUGAUCCACAAUCCGACGCAGACGCGCCUCUUGAUGAACCGGAUCUAUGAUCGCCAGAUGGCCAAUAUCGCCGACUAUGAUUGCUUCAGUCAGGUGGUGUUCGAGAGCGUGGACCACUACAAGAAGAUGAAGGAGGAUCCGUACUACAAGGAGCAUCUUUUUGGGGAUCAUGAGCACUUUGCGGAUACGCGGCGCAGCCAAAUGACGAUUGGGUGGAUCGAGGAAUGGAUCAAUGAUGGUACCGUGCGAGAGGGAUUGGAGUUUCCAAGUGAUGCGCAGCGGGGAGCGUCGGGGAUCGUGUCGGCAUCGGGCCUGGCCAUGAUGACUGUGUUUCUGGGCGCGUUUAUCUUUCUUUCGAGAUAGAUUGGAUCUAACUACGCUCUCGAUGAAAGUUUAUGUAUGUGCAGAGACACCGAAUUUGCAGAUUGUGUAGCUGUUAUUAUAAUACUAGUGGAAUACAAAUCGC